AUGUAUAAUAACUUUGAUUAUUCAGUUGGAUGCAUAGAAAGCUUAGAUUAUGACUCUGCACUUAUGGGAAUGUUUAUCUUCUCUUUAAAUUCUCGCUAACCUAAUGUGCUAAUUAGAUCUGCAACCAGAACUUACCCUGAUAGAAAUUUUGAGUGUAUUGGUGUUAAAAUAGCUGCUGUUGAUAAUAUAAGCCUAGUCUAUACUGCUACUGCUUAAAGUGCUUAAGUUAAUCAUAUUUUCAUUGUUACUUUAAAGGUAGAUCCAAUAGCUCAUCCUUUAAUACUUUCUGAAUAAAUAUUGACUUAAAUGAAAUAUGAAGCAACCUAAAGGACACCAUAAAACUUAACACAGUAUAUUGAUUGCUUUAUAGGGGAGUUGUGCGAAAUUUACUUUUCAAUAUUUAGCCUUGCAAACUAAUGUAGUGAUGAAGUAACAAUCAACAAAAUGUAUAUUUUAGGAAUCUCAAUCAAUGAAGGCGAUUUGAACUACAAUACCUCUGAAUAUAGCACUAUGAUUCACCACAUCAAAGUUGCUUUAAACAAACUCCCAGUAUAAUUCGAUAUCUAAAUGAAUAAGAUGUAUAAAAUGGGUGUUUAUGAAUUCCUAUUCUCUGUAAAAGUAGAAGCAGACAUUGAUACUUUCUAGCCUAAAACAUAUAAUACAUACUCAUUUAAGUUUGAAGUCUACAGCUAAAUUGGCUAAUUUUUCAUAAACAACACUGCACCAUACUUCUUAUCAUCAUUGAAAGAUAUUGAAGCUACUGUUGGAAUUAAGAAAAUUGUAGAUCUUCCUGAAAUAAGAGACGAUGAAGGAGACAAUUUCACUGUUUAAAUAAUAGGAAAAUAAGCCAGCUUGUUUCUUUAUGCAAGUCAAAAGAAACUAUUCAUUAAUCCAGUCUAGCCAGUUGUGGGGAAGCAUACAGUUACUAUCAUUGAAUGGGAUUAAUUGAUUGUAAGUUUUAAAAUGAAUUUCCUGUUCUAUGAUAAGACUGAAAAACUCAUGAUGUAAAAGGGAUAUCAGAUUAAGGGGUAUAUACCACCUUAAAUUAGCUAGGGCUUAAAAGAUCUAUUAAGUAUAAUUGGUACAUCCACUUCAAUUUCUUUAUAAAGUAUAAUGGGCUCAAAUAUUGUUGUCAAUAUUCUGUUGUAAGUCGAUAUUGCUAAAUUUUAUUUUAGGUCUCAAAGUAUUUAAUAGUUAUGGGGGAUGAUUAAUAGUUUUCAAUUGAUUACACAUAUCCCUUUGAUGGGUAUAAAUACACCUGCAAAUGUAGCUAUAUUCUACAGUUUUAUACUAGAUGUGUCUAGUUUUUAAUUCUUUGACGUUGAAAAAAUUAAUUCAUUCAUAUUUGAUUACGAUUCAGAUAGUUUGGAUGAUUCCACAUACAACCCAUAUUACGAACGAAUGGGCUACUCUUCAACAAAUUUGAUAAGAAAUCUUGGACUUAUAUUUUAUUUUUACUGCUUGCUGAUGAUCAUGAUGCUUUUGGUAUAUGUAUUAAAUUUCGUUAAAAUUCCAAUCAAGAGCUGA